AUUAACUCCUCCCACCCCCAUAUUUUGUUGUAACUGAAAGGAAGUCAAGGCAUUACCUCUGGCAGCUAGGUGCUUUACUAAAAAAUUCACUAGAUAGAACGACCACAACAUUUCCUUACAGAUGAAGCGUUUUUCAUUCUCACUAAAGUCGCCGGAGAGUGAAUCACGGAAUAGGUCUGCUUCAUGCAAAGUACCAGGAAAAAAAGAAUUGGAUGAUGAACAAUUGUUGGAAUUAAGCCAGGCAAUAAUGGACUUAAAUAUGUCCACAAAAAUGAUGCGACUUUCACUCAAACAUGAUACAGAAGCAGAUGUGACAACCAAAUGUGGCGGUGCUACAAUAGUAACGGAACAAAUGAAAUCUACUGGUACACUGGCUAAAUUUACGGAGGUUUCUAUCGAAGCAAACGAGUGUUUGAAGUCUGCUCAAGCAAAAAUUGAUUCUCUUAUUCUUGCCAGUGACGAAACUUUAUUAACUAUGAAGAAACAAGUUGAAGAAGCUCAUGAACAAAUAGAUUCCAUUCGCAGAGAACAUGAUGACAAUAUCAAUGCUCUACAGCAGAAGUUAGAUGAAGCAAAUUCUCAAAAGGCGAGCUCAGGGAAAGAGCUGAAAGAUUCAUCUCAUUGGAUAAUCAGCAAAGAAGAAGUUGAAUUAACGAGCAAGAAAUUGGGAGAUGGUGGAUACGGUACAGUCACAGUGGCUAGUUUCCGUGGUAUUCAAGUGGCAGCGAAAAAAAUUCACGGAAUGAUCUUAUCAUCGCACAACCGACGAAUGUUUGACAGAGAAAUGAACAUUGCUUCGAAAGUGAGACAUCCAAACUGUGUACAGUUCCUAGGUGCUGUGGUGGAAAAAGAGCCGAUUAUCUUGAUGGAGUUAAUGCCAACAGUUCUGCGAGAAAUCCUUCCCAAAGAGCUAAACCGAUUGUCACAAGAUCAGAUCCCACCGAUAUGUCGAGAUAUCGCUAGAGCACUAACGUACUUGCACUCCAUGAAACCUCAACCAGUAAUCCAUCGCGAUGUCAGCAGUGCAAAUGUACUCUUGGAGCCAAUCACUAACUCGCUAUGGAAAGCAAAAAUCUCAGAUUAUGGAUCUGCUAAUUUUUCAUCGAUGCUCAAUACAACAGGGCCUGGUAAUGCUGUGUAUGCAGCGCCUGAGGUUUUUACAACAAACUUGCAAUCUUCUAAAAUGGAUGUCUUUAGUUUUGGUGUACUAGUUGUUGAGAUAUAUUUGAGGGAACUUCCUGAUCCGGAGUGUCGAGACGAGAUGGUGCAUCAAGUAGAGCUCAUGUAUCCGCAGAUUGCUCCAUUGAUUAAGAAGUGCCUAUGUGAAAAGCCUGAAGACCGUUUGGACAUGCUUGAAAUCCUAAAACAGUUCAUUUGAACUGCAAACUAUUAAUCUGAGCUGUUAUGUACAUGUGUAAAAUGCAUAUAUUAUAUUUUUAUAUCA